AUGGGAAAACUAUUGACACUACUCGUGGCCCUCUGCCUGAGCCAGGUGAUCGGUGCUGAACGCAUCGUGAACUGCUAUUGGGGCACGUGGGCGAACUACCGCAGCGGCAAUGGAAAGUUCGAUGUCUCCAACAUCGACGCUGGUCUGUGCACGCAUCUGAGCUAUUCCUUCUUCGGGAUCAACGACAAUGGCGAUAUUAACUCCCUGGACACGUGGCUGGACUACGAUCUGGGCUUCAUUAGCCAGGCCGUCGGUCUGAAGCGUCAGAAUCCCAAUCUGAAGGUCCUCGCCGUGGUCGGCGGCUGGAACGAGGGAUCCACCAAGUACUCCUCGAUGGCCGGUGACUGGUACAAGCGCCAGAACUUCAUCAACUCGGCCCUCAACCUGCUGCGUAACAAUGGAUUCGAUGGCUUGGAUCUGGACUGGGAAUACCCCAAUCAACGUGGUGGCAACUGGGACGAUCGCUCCAACUUUGUGACCCUACUGCGAGAAAUCAAGGAAGCCUUUGCGCCCUACGGCUAUGAGCUGGGAAUCGCUGUCGGUGCGGGAGAAUCGCUGGCCAGCGGCUCCUAUGAGAUCGCCAACAUCGCCCAGCACGUGAACUUCAUCAACGUGAUGACCUAUGACUUCGCCAUGGCUUCCGAUGGCUACACGGGCUUCAACGCGCCCCAGUGGGCUGUGGAGAAUGCCAUCAACUUCUGGCUCAGCCAGGGUGCUCCUGCCAACAAGCUCGUCCUCGGUGUUGGUACUUACGGUCACAGCUACCAGCUGUCCGACUCCUCCCAGAACUGGCCUGGAGCACCGUGCCGCGGAGCCGGUAAUUCCGGCCCCUACACUGGCGACAGCGGAUACAUGGGCUACAACGAGAUCUGUUUGAACAACUGGUACACCGUCUUCGACUACAACAACGCCGCUCCCUACGCCUACUCUGGCGACCAGUGGGUCAGCUACGACAAUGUCCUCAGUGUGCAGUACAAGAUGGACUUUGCUCUGUCCAAGAAUCUGGCCGGUGCCAUGAUCUGGUCUCUAGAGACCGACGACUACCGCGGACAGUGCGGCGAGUCCUAUCCGCUCCUGAAGACCAUCAACAGGAAGUUGCGUUGGUAAAUGCUUUAGGAUCGAGUACAAGUACUAUAAAUAAAGAAAUUAUGUAUUGAAAACAA